AUGUCUUAUCCUCGCGACAUCGUCGACAGAGCACAAAGAGGAGAUCUGAUACUCGUUCGCCCGUCGCCAUACAAUGAACAGCUGGAUCACUACAAUGACCGACUUCGAGUGCCCUCCCCUCGGUUGCUCAUGGUUCAGACGACCUUUGAGCCUCAAACCGGCGAGACAUCGAGGACCGUCAACGUCAAAGACAUUACCGACAUGGUCACAAGGCCUGUAGACUACGAGACCAUUGAAGAAUAUUCGCACAGACUCCACCAGCAACUGAGAAUUACUCGGGCUGCAGUAGCCGCAGCUUCAGGCGUUGGCUUUGGACUUGCCAAUUACUUGCACGAGUACAACGUGGUGUUCCACGAGCCUAGUGACAAUGCGAUCCGACAGAUACUCUGGCAAGGUCACUCUAGUUGCUUGAACAGCGAUUGCGAGGAAGGUUUCUCGUCAAGAGCCAGCGUCUAUGCUCGGUACCCCGACUUCGCCGAGGACAUCAGCUUAGCUACUGUCUCGCACCUGCAAGACUUAAGGGGGUCUGGUUCACGUCUCAUGCUUUGCCCCGACUGCCAUACCUAUAGGGUGGUUCUCCAACAGGAACGCGCAUUUGGCUCGUGCCUGCUCGGGCUCUUGCCGGCACGAUCGCAGUUGCAAGCAAUUUUCUACAGCCUAAGCCGUCUACGAGCAGAACUCGGGUACCGACCCAUCUCACAGGACAUUUUCCUCCGAUCUGCACACGCAGUCAUCACGCCUUAUCCGCCCCGCGACUCGUUAGCCGCUCGAGCAGCGUUUGAAGGACCUCCUGCGACUCUGGUGACUCUUGGCAAUGACUUCAGAGCUCUCGGUCCUCCAACUGGCGCCGGUGCUUCUCGAGAUCAAUCGGCCACCGGCUCUAGCUCACGCACAGGCUCAGACUCUUCUGCUGGCAACACUUUACUAUCUCAAAUCUCCAGCCUAUCUCUCGAUCCAGCCUCAGUUUCCGAUGAUCUUUCUUCCACCGACAACUUCCCGAACAGCGUCGAGUUCAACCCAAAUCCCGCUAUAGCUCGGCGUCCAGUCUCGCUUGCCAUCUGGCUGUCCCUGCCGAAGCUUUUGCUGACGCAAUUUGAUCGAGAUGACGAUGCAUUUGACGAGGAAUGUCCAAUCUGUUUCGAACAACUGAGAGAUUGUGCCGAAGGUGUCAGGAUUGUUCGGCUUUCGUGCAGACAUCUUGGCCAUGAAGAUUGCCUGGGAUGUUGGCUCAAGGACCAGAAUACAUGUCCGAAGUGUCGAAGACGGAUCGAAGAGAUGGCAGCGAACGAUUUCGAAUGA